CCUCCUCACACCAAAACAUUUUCUGAAAAAAAAAAAAAACACAAAACUCAAAACCAUCUUUUUUGUUUUCUUCUCUCUCUUUGUGAAAAAAAAAUAAUAUGGAAGGAAGACAAUAUUACCCUCCGAGAGAAAACGUCGACGGAAACAGAACCGCCAUGGGAGGACCUCACUCGCCGUGGCAUUCACCGGUUCCUUAUCUCUUUGGUGGUUUAGCGGCGAUGCUUGGUCUCAUAGCUUUUGCUCUUCUAAUCCUCGCUUGCUCGUACUGGCGUCUCUCCGGUUAUCUAGACGGCGAGGAAAACCAAAGCAGAGAGAGAGAUCUUGAAUCCGGAGAUGUGAAACCUGAAAAAGCAGCGGUGAAGCCUGUUGUUUUGCCGGAGAAGUUCUUGGUUAUUAUGGCCGGAAAUGUCAAACCUACUUACCUAGCAACGCCGGCGGUAAAAACGUGUACUUGUGACGAUGAUGAAGAUGUUGAUGAUGACGUGGACGGUAGUGAUCAGGUGGUGCGGCGGAGUAGUGAAAGUAACGGUGAGACACAUUGACAAAAACAGAGGAAGGUAAGAGAAAAACAGAGGAUAGUCUUACUGUGAACAGUUUUGAAGAAUUGUUUGCAGCUUCUGACCCGGUUGCGUCGGGUAUUCGGGUCGGGUCAGAACUCUACUUGAUGUUGAGACUUAAUAAUGGUGGAAAAUUUGG